UCUCUCACUUUUCAUACAAACUCCAGUUGAUUGCAGUGUCAUCGCUAUCAUUUUCUGGAGCGUAUUUUAACCAAAUUAAAUUCAUCUUUUGGGCAUCUUCGCAGCUCCAGCUUGCGUGAUGAGCAAGGGGACGGUUGCUUUGAGGAAGCUGAAGGCCCUAGAAGAAGGUUCCCUGACGGACACCAUUUUUCUCGUUGGCGAAAAUGACGAAACUGCUCAGGAGAUCCGAGCCUUUCGUGUAGAUUUGAUUGUGAGCAGCGAGUUCUUUGAAAAACUGUUGGACAGCCCUUUGACCCAGCAGACAAGCGAUAGAAAGAUCAGACUGAAGAACAUUGAGCCGGAAAUCUUCAAAAUUGUCAUCGAGUUUAUUCACAUGUGCGGUCACCUGAUUGUGUCAAAGGUCGACAAUCUGGAGACCUGCCUGAAGGUGGCAUCUGCCGCUGAAGAGUACAUGAUUGAAGACUUGGCUGAGCUGUGCUCUAAGCUGCUCGAGGACAAGUUCCUUAAGGUGGACAACGUGUGGGCAAUGCUUCACAAGUACCACCUGGUCAACGCCAUCGCUUCACCUUGUCUCAAACUGCUGAGUCUGAAGACGGAAGAUUGUCUGAGGCAUAAAAGCUUUCUCAAGAUCAGUGCCGAGGGUUUGAAGCUUUUCCUAACUCUGGACGAGAUGGCCAUUUCCUCGGAGUCGGAGCUCUUGAGAGCAUGUGUUAAGUACACUGGAAACUUUGCUGACCAGAGAAGUACCUUUCGUGACAUUUGUCUGCCGGGUCUUCGACUCUUCGCUGAUGAUAUCAAGAUGGAUCUCGUUCAAGAGAUAAUACAUCUUCUCACGAAUGACGAGUUGACUUGCUUGGCUGCCUUCAAACACCCUCUCAGGCGCAACUGGUGUCCAAAAAUCGUGCCCACCCUGUCCGCCCUCACCAAGAGCCGUGCCAGAGUCACGCUAGAAGAUUAUGAUUCUUAUUGUGCCUCGUAUUACCCAACACCUUACUACUAAGUUGAAAUGAAUCGAAAUUGCAUAUUUGUUCGUGUCGCGGCAAAUUGGCUCAUCGCUCGCAUAAUAAUGUAAACGCUCUAAUCUUUGUCAAAUUAAAUAUAAAGAGCUGCAAGACGUAGAUAACUUAUGGGAAUGUUGGCUUUUCAAGAUAAAUAAAACAAAAACUAUUCAGGAUCA